AUGUUCAUCUCCAAUAAUGCCUGCUCUGUGCCCAGCUCUUUCUGGCUCACAGGUAUCCCAGGGCUAGAGUCCCUGCACCUCUGGCUCUCCAUCCCCUUUGGCUCCAUGUACCUGGUGGCUCUGGUGGGGAAUGUCACCAUCCUGGCAGUGGUAAAGAUGGAGCGCAGCCUGCACCAGCCCAUGUACUUCUUUCUAUGCAUGCUGGCUGUCACUGACUUGGUCCUAUCCACUUCUACUAUGCCCAAACUGCUGGCCAUCUUCUGGUUUGGUCCCCGCAACAUUAGUCUGGAUGCAUGCUUGGCCCAGAUGUUCUUCAUCCACUGCUUUGCUACUGUUGAGUCAGGCAUCUUUCUUGCCAUGGCAUUUGACCGCUAUGUGGCCAUCUGUGACCCAUUACACCAUACCUCCAUGCUCACCCAUGCAGUGGUGGGUCGUUUAGGGCUGGCUGCCCUUCUCAGGGGUGUAGUCUACAUAGGACCUCUGCCCCUGCUGAUUCGCCUGAGGCUUCCCCUUUACCGGGCCCAAGUCAUUCCCCAUUCCUACUGUGAGCACAUGGCUGUGGUCACCUUGGCAUGUGGUGAUACAAGGGUCAAUAACUUAUAUGGAAUGGGAAUUGGCUUCCUGGUUUUAAUCCUAGAUUCACUAACCAUCACUGCUACGUAUGUGAUGAUUUUCAGGGCUGUAUUGGGUUUGGCUACACAUGAUGCCAGGUUUAAAACCUUAGGUACUUGUGGUUCUCACAUCUGUGCCAUCCUUGUCUUCUAUAUCCCUAUUGCUGUUUCAUCUCUCACCCAUCGCUUUGGUCACCAUGUGCCUUCUCACAUCCAUAUUCUUUUGGCCAAUUUUUACCUCCUCAUCCCACCCAUCCUUAACCCAGUUGUCUAUGCUGUCUGUACCAAGCAGAUCCAAGAGAGACUUCUCCAUAUUCUUAAAGCAGGGACACAACCCAGGUGA